AUGAUGCACAGCAGCUGGGCCGGCGACGCAGCUUUCGAGGUUCAGCUUCAUCGCCUCCUCUGCAACACGGCGCCCCCGCUGAACGCCGCUGUGGCGAGGUGGCUGCCGGGCCCGAUGGAGGUGCCAGCCUCAACCUCCGUGCCAAGCCCAAACGACCAGACCUCCUGGUACCGAUACCAGAAGCUGGGUCGCCUGCUGCACUUCGUCUCGGCCCGUGCCCGGGAAGGAGAUGCAGACGCGGUGCUCCGCAGCAUCGAAGAUUUCGUAGGCGACGCCAACCAGCGAUGGCUCAAGGUGGCCGGCGGCGCGAAAUCGGAGGUUGUUGCAGCAGCAUUGGAUGCGGCUGCCUUGCGCGAGGGUGAGGUGGCACUGGAGAUGGGCUGCUUCGUAGGCUACACGGCCAUCCGACUGGGCCACCUCGUUUCGGAGAGGCAUCUCAGCAAGCCGGGUCUUGUGUCGACUGAGAUGGAGGCACUCCACCUCUGCAUCUCGCGGCACCACGUCGAUCUCGCGCAGCUCAGCACAGUGGCAGAGGUCUGGGCGGGUCACAUUCCGUGGGCGACCCCUCGCUACGUGGAGCAGUUUGGGGACAGAAGCGUGCCCUUCACCUUCAUGGACCACAAGGGCACUCGCUUCCAUGAGGACUUCCGUGACUGCCGCAUCUCGGGGGUCCUGUGCCCCAACUCUUUGCUACUCUGCGACAACGUCCUGAAGCCCGGGGCGCCGGUUCACCUCUGGAGGCACCACCGCACCGCAAGCCCUGGGGCGCGCCUCUUCUCCUUGACCGAGUUUCGCGAGCCCGACAUGGAGGAUUGGCAGUCUCUGCUCUACAACCCGCCACCCACUGCCUCCGCUUUUCUUGAGCGCGGAGCAGAGCGGCAGUGA